AUGUUCGAUGAUUUUCUAUUAUUCCUUUUCAUAUCGCAAAUUUUCGCCCUAUUUCCCAUCUCGAAUGUCUAUCAUGGCAGUAUUGCGAGGCUGCGCUACAAAUGGCUAAGCCUUCCGGUUGCCUAUGCCUCGGCCAUAAUGAUUUUAAAUUUUUUGGAAUUUGUGGUGGUAAUUUAUUACAACUUUGUGACGGGUAUUAAUUUUCAUUCGCUGAGUACCAUUGCCCUGUUUCUAGUGUGUCUGCUGGAACAUUAUUUCUUUUGGCGUCUCUCUUCGAAAUGGCCAAAAUUAAUGAAACAAUGGCGUCAAGCGGAGGAGGUGUUCUUCAGGACCCCCUAUCCGAAUUAUUUGACAUUUAAUAUGAAAUUUUGGCUGUGGCUUUGGUAUACGGUCAUUAUGUGCGGUGGAUUGAUGGAACAUUGUUUGCUGGUCUUCAAUUUCUUUCAGAACGCCGAUUUGGAACGUACCCAAUGCAACCUGAAUGUUAGCAAUUGGGAGAUCUUAUAUUACCGCGAGAGACCCCAUCUCAGAUUGGUAAUACCAUUCCAAUAUUGGAUGUUACCUUUGCUGGAGUGGCUAGAUCUAACUUUGGCAUAUCCUCGCAACUUCACCGAUGCCUUUAUCGCCUUGGUCAGUGUGGGCUUGGCGACGAGAUUUAGACAGAUCUAUUUGCGCAUCAGGCAUGUACAAGGAAAGCCCAUGCCCUCAAUAUUUUGGCUGGAAACCCGAGAACAUUAUUUGAUGCUUAAGAAGCUCCUGCGAGAUCUCAACAAAGAAAUGUCCGUUUUGAUUUUCUUGUCCGGGGCCAACAACAUGUACUUUAUUUGUUGUCAGUUAUUUAAUAGUUUUACCAACAUUGGUGUCGACUGGGUGGCCGAAAUGGCAUUUUGGUACUCGCUGCUCUACAAUAUUUUCCGCACAAUUCUAACAUUUUCCCUGGCCUCCAUGCUGGACGAGUACACCAGGAAGAUAAUAAUUUGUUUGCGUGAUGUACCCUCCCGGUCGUGGUGUACAGAGACCCAACGCUUCAGCCAACAACUGGCGGUGGAUGUAACAGCUUUCACGGCUGCCGGUCUUUUUACAUUGACGCGCAAACUAAUUUUGGCUAUGGCCAGCACUGUCGUCACUUAUCAGCUGAUGGUCUCCAAUGUUAUUAAUGAGGGCGCCAUUAAACAAGAGACAAAUUAUUGCAAACAUUACGAACGCUUUGAGGAAACUUUUGCUGCUGCUGCUGGAGAUAAUGGCGAACAAAUCUCCUAGAGCUUCGCCUCCAGGGCUAAUGUAAAUAAUUCGUUUUGAAACAUUAAAUAAAUUAUUGAAAAAUGAAGUCCAUUUGAAUGUUAAUAUAGUUGAUGUUGCUAUUCGCUGUUGUUAGAUGGCCACAUGGAGGCAAGAUAAAUAUGAAUAUUUAUGUAGCAUAAUUAAAAGUUAAUAAAUAAUUGGUGUUAGUAAAAAAAAAACAAAAGAAGAUUAUAUGAAAAAUAAGUUAAA